AAUCUACAUCACAGAAAACAAAAAUUGAACAAACCUGAACACCACCACCAGUCCAACACUCCCAAAAAAGAAUUAUAAUCUCACAUUUUCUACGCUUAGCUCAGUCACGUUGACAACACUAACCGGUUGCGGAGAUGGCGCAAGCAAUGGCAUCGAUGGCUGGCUUACGUGGCUCCUCACAGGCUGUGCUGGAAGGUAGCCUCCAACUCAGCGGCCAAACCCGCUUGAACAUUGCUGGUAACUCUAGAGUGGCUGUGGCUAGGACUGGUUUCACGGUCAGGGCGCAACAGGCACCAACCGAGCCUGAAACUGGACGCAGAGCCGUGCUGGGUCUUGUUGCUGCUAGUUUGGCCACAGGCUCCUUUGUUCAAGCUGUGCUUGCCGAUGUCAGAAAAAUCAAGGUUGGCCCACCUCCCCCACCCUCUGGUGGACUGCCUGGAACUCUAAACUCUGAUGUGCCAAGAGACCUUGACCUGCCAUACAAAGACAGGUUCUUCAUCCAACAACUUACUCCGGCUCAGGCAGCUGCGAGGGCAAAGGAGUCAGCCAAGGAUAUUGUUGGUGUCAAGGGUUUGAUCGACAAAAAGGCCUGGCCCUAUGUCCAGAAUGAUCUCCGUCUCAAGGCUGAGUAUCUCCGCUAUGACCUUAACACAGUCAUAUCCGCAAAGUCCAAAGAUGAGAAGAAGUCUCUCAAGGAACUCACUGGGAAGCUCUUCGACACCAUCAGCAACCUGGACCAUGCAGCCAAGAUCAAGAGCACCCCUGAAGCAGAGAAGUACUACGCUCAGACUGUAUCUACUCUGAACGAUGUCCUUGCCAAGCUUGGCUAAGGGAAUUUGCUGUAUUUUGAUAUGUAAACCUUGUUCAUCGUUUUGUAGAGACACUUGGUUUCUAUCCUAUCCAAAGGGAAUCUUUUAACGAAAUUGAAACUUGUUAAUUUGUGAA